GCGGGGCUCUGCUAGUACCUUGGCAGUUCCUUUUCACGGGCAUGUGAUCGCAUUGGGAUUUGAUCAUGAACUCCCAACAAGACGCAGGUCCUGCAGCAGGCACCCGUUACGGUACUUCGUUCUCGCAACCGCCAAAGGAGAUCAUGGAAUACAGCUGCGCGGGGCAGCCGGCCAGAUCAAAGCCCGGGAACCUAUAUGGUGUCGCGAAUGUGGGCAUCGUAUCAUGUAUAAGAAAAGGACGAAACGCAUGGUACAAUUUGAAGCACGGUGAUCACCCCUCACGAAGGCUGCGAGUAGCGCCCAUCUCGAGUAAUCUGUAUCAGAG